UGAAGAAUCCUUUCGAUCAUUGUCCGCCAAGUUUUGAUACAGAUAUUUGUGAUCAAUUGCAAGGUUUCACAAACCUUAUAGAACUAUUUUUUCUGGUUUAGUAAAAAGUAUUAAAACUCUAGCGAAUGAUAUCAAUAAAUUAUUACCUCGUUCAGCAAAAUUAACUUCAACUAGAACAAGGAGAGGAUAACUUGAUCCCAUCGGUCAAACUUUAGGAUACCUUUUUGGUUUAUCAACAAAGGAAGAUAUGAAUAAGGUCUAUGCUCACAUCAGGAAAAUUGAAACAUACAUGGUCAAUUCAUCUCAUAAUAUGGUUUCAUUUGAAAAUCAUCUGAGCUCCUUUAUUUUGACAAAUAACCGCAGAUUAGACAAUUUAGUGAAAGGGCUACAAAACAUCUAUGAUUUAAUCAAAAAUGUUCAUGAUUUAAUAAAUCAAAUUUCAUCGGAAGCGUAUAAUGAAAGUAUAAUUAUGCGAAAGAUGUUAAACAAUACACGCAAUCACAUGAUUUUGACGUCAAAUGCAAUGAAAAUCGCUUCAAUACAAAUACAAGUUUUGCGUUCUUUAGAAAAUGAAUUGAGAAUUAGGAUUAAAGCAAUUGAAAAUCUUAUCAAGGGAUACAUCACACCGGAACUAAUAGCUCCGGCUUCAAUUAAUAAAGCGUUAUAUAAAGUCAAACAGCAUCUGAAUCAGAAAUAUCCAACCUUCAAAAUGGUCUAUUCCGACGUCAGCUUUUAUUAUAAAACAGUUGGCGCGACUUUCACGUAUACCGACAAGUUACUCUAUGUUAAUAUUCGAAUACCACUAACUUCUGUUCCAUUCAUGUUAAAUGUUUAUCACGUUAUAAGUAUGCCAGUUCAUAUACCACCAACAGAAAAAUCAACAAACAUGAAAGAAACAAAUCAUAGCACUGAAAUUAAUGAAAUCCCUCCUUAUUUGGCGAUGUCUCCCGACCAAGAUUUUUUUGUGGAAUUAUCUAACGAAGAAUAUUUAACAUGCAAAGGUGAUCAGUUAAAAAUUUGCACUACAGCCCUGACAUUGAAACAAACUAAUACUCAAGCUACUUGUGCCACAAGCCUGUUCUUUAAUGACCCAACUGAGGUCAUGCGACUCUGCUCCUUUACUUAUCACACUCAAAAUACGCCCAGGAAUUAUGAUUUAUCGCCCACAGAUAUGCUCAUUAAUGUUCCAAAAUCUGAAUGGACACUAACAUGUCCCAAUCAGCUUCCAAAACGUGUUGAAAGUUGCACAUUCUGCGUAAUAAAACGUGAAUGCGUGUGUUCACUUUCUUCCAAAGAUUUUUUUAUUCCCCGAUCUUUAGGCGCCUGUGAGAACACAAAUACAACUUUUGAAGUAAAAAUGGCAUACCCCUCGAAUCUUGCUUACCUGCUUACAUUUUUCAAUGACUCUAUUUUACAUUCAAUCGAGGCUGAAACCUUACUCCCUGACGAAAUUGUAGUUCGCCACCCCAAGUUUAAUUGGAAUCACAAAACUUGGUCUGAUGUUUUACAAAACGACGAAGGUUUCCAAGCCGACUUGAAAAAAUUAUCUAAAACCAUUGAAUCGGAUUCCCCAACGUUUUUCACCCCUUUAGAUCGAUUCAUAGACCUCAAUGAUUGGUCAAAUAGCUGGGGGACAAUGGAUUACGUGUUUACGGUAUUCGGUAUUCUGACAAUUGUUUCUUUUGGAAUGUCAUCCUAUCUAAUGUGUAAAAUGAUGGUUUGUUCAACCACUCUGAUUCAAAAUGCUCAAGGGUUGCUUAUAUCGGAACAAAACAGGAAGCCAGAAACUAAGGUACAACAGUAUGGUUUAGACGUUGACACAAUGGUUCAGGUUAUGGUCCUUAUGAUUUUCUCCUUCAUGACUAUUUAUCUUUUGGAAAAAGUUCACGUCAGUGAGACGCUUCUUUGGGUUGAGAAAUUCAGUCAACUGUGAACUGAAGCUGGUUUUUCUAACGUCCACCGACAUGGUUGAAUUGUUUCUUUCGAACAUACCACUGGAUUUAGUCCCAAUGAUUAGGUAUUCCACGGGUCAGAUUGGGAAUAUCGAAGUCAAAUUCAAUCCCUGGAAUUUUCACGUUCUUAUCGAUUGGGAUUCAAUGUGUAUUAGAUUGAACAACACAGAGGACGAAUUAAAACUUCCUACAACAUUGAACGUCUCCCCUUUUCACCUUCUGAAUAUAAAACGGAUAAUUGGAGUUUCUCCUCUGACAAGGUUUGUCGUUAAGGUCGGAUCUCAAAAAUAUUUUACGGAACAUAAAUUUUAAGAACUUAACACAAUGAACAUCACAUUGUACGUUUUGAAUAUUUAUAUUUUCAGUUCAAGGAAAUAUGUGAAUUGAUAGAAGCCCCACCAAGGAAAGAGGUAAUCAACGAGAUGAUACAUAAUCUAACGGAAAAGGUGGAAAGCAUGG